AUGAGAAAGGACACCUACGAGAACAAGUUGUCGGAUACAUUAGAUUCAAAUCAGUUCAGCAAAAGUAAAGGAACAAGUGAUGCGAUUGAUUUGAAGAUAGAAAAAGACAUCAAUAAGGAGUUGUUGGCUAUGAGGAAAAAAGAUGAAAUAAGUGAGAGUCUCUACACAAGGAUGAGGUCUACUGGGGGGCUUCCCGCCAGGCUUUAUGGGUUGGCGAAAGUGCAUAAAGUGAAUACCCCAUUAAGACCGGUCCUCUCCUUGCCUGGUAGCUCUUAUUACAACUUGAACAAGGUUCUUGCUAAAUUUUUCGAGAAAAUUCAGGGCGCAAACAUCGAAACCAACUCACUAGAUGCGAGAGAAAACUUAGAGAGCACUAAUCUUGAGCCCAAUGAAAACUUGAUAUCUCUAGAUGUGAAGAGUUUGUACACAAACGUUCCACUGAAUGAGGCGAUAGACAUAGCUCUGAGAAAAUUGUAUGAGCAAGAUGAACCACCAUCAAUUGCUAGGAAAAAUAUGAAGAGAAUGUUGAACAUGGCAGUUAGUCAAGUCCAUUUCAAGUGCAAUGAAACAUGGUACGGUCAGAAAGUUGGUUUGGCAAUGGGGGCAUCUCUUGCCGUUAUUUUAGCAAAUCUUUGGCUAAAGCAGUACGAAACUGCACUAUCAAGGGAUUUUCCCGAAAUGUUUUCGCCCGAGAAAGAUCUUCACGGAAUAUGUCCCGAGUGCAAUAGGAAAGUCACGUACAGGUCAAAAAGAAAAUUAGCUGUGGGUGGUAUCAAAAACCAACAGAUACAGGUACCAUCCUCAAUUUUAGAAGCUGCGCCUCCCUUCAGUACGUAA